AUGAGCGGCCUCGCCUCCAAGCAGCAGUCGCUCAAAAUCUUUGAGAAGUUGAAGUCAAAGCCAGCCAACAAGGCGAGCAGCCCCGUUUGCUUCGACUGCGGUCAGAAGAACCCGACUUGGACCUCGGUACCCUUUGGAAUCUACCUGUGCCUCGACUGCUCCGCCAACCAUCGCAACCUCGGCGUCCACAUUUCCUUUGUCCGGUCUACCAACCUCGACCAAUGGCAAUGGGACCAGCUGCGCAUCAUGAAGGUGGGCGGAAAUGAGUCGGCCACCAAGUUCUUCCAGUCCAACGGCGGCUCUGCCGCGCUGAACAGCAAGGACCCCAAGACAAAGUACACGUCGGCCGCCGCGACCAAGUACAAGGAAGAGCUAAAGAAGAGAGCUGCCCGAGAUGCCAAGGAGUACCCGGAGGAAGUGGUCAUCACGGACGAAGCGGGCGCUGAGGGCGGAGAUACCCCUGCCGAGGAGGAAGACGAUUUCUUCUCGUCUUGGAGCAGGCCCGCUGUUAAGAAGCUGAGCCCGCCAAUUUCACGGACCGCCACGCCGCCGAUUGCCGGACGCACUCCGUCUCCCUUUCUCAACGCGCAGAACGGCAAAGACACUGCUCGCUCCACUUCGCCCCUCGCCAAGGCCGAAGAGGCCGAACCGAAGCCCGCGGCGAGCCGCAUCACCACCUCGGCCGCGCUACGAUCUAGCACGACCGGUCCGCGUAAGGCGAACAUCCUUGGCGCCAAGAAGGUGACGUCGAAGCUCGGCGCGAAGAAGCUCGGCGGCGACGUGGCCAUCGACUUUGACGAGGCCGAGAAAAAGGCCAAGGAGGAGGCCGAGCGCAUUGAGAAGCUCGGGUACGACCCCAACGCUGAGGAGGAAGCGCCUGCCAAGGCUGCGGCCGCCAAGCCCGAGUCUUGCGCCGCCCUCAUCUCUCCCACCCCGGUCAGCCCAGCCAGGGGUAGCUACGGUUCUUCAAAAACGCGCGAGAAGUCUGCGGCCGAGGUGGAGCGUCUCGGCAUGGGCGUGACCCGGCUGGGCUUUGGGCAGGUGGGCAGGCCGGCUGCGGCGCAGAAGAGCGCCGGCGGGUUCGGCUCGGUGGGGCCGAUCAAGGCGACUGCCGAGGACGACGAGGAGACGUACGCCCGCAAGAAGUUCGGCACGCAAAAGGCCAUUUCGUCCGACGAGUUCUUCGGCAAGGGUAUGUUCGAGGCUGGCGCCCAGGCUGAGGCCAAGUCGCGCCUGCACAACUUUGAUGGAGCCCAGGCCAUCUCGAGCAACGCCUACUUUGGCCGUCCCGAGAGGGAGGAGGGAGCCGGCGUAGAGGAUUAUGGUGAUUUGGAAAGCGCGGCUAAGGACAUGGUUAGGCGCUUUGGCAUUACGGCUGCGGAUGAUUUAGAAAAACUAACAGAAUUGCUUGGAGACGGUGCUGGGAGGCUGCAGGGCGCUAUUCGGGCAUAUCUGGGGAGUUGAGGGGUGACUUGUGAAGGGCGGGAGAACUGUUGGACGGCGGCGAGUGCUUGUAAUGAACAGUGCAGGCCGGUGUGCAUGUUGGUUAUGAGACUAUUCGAAACAUGAGAUCAGUAAGGUUAAAGGGGCCAGAGGUGGUGGUAGAAGAAACAGAUUAUAGGUGAGCCACUGCAACAUCGGUUUUUCCCUC